AUGAAAUAAUUUCCAAUACAAUAAGCAAGAACUCUUGUGAAUGAAUUCUUUGACUUUGUUGCAAAAGCAGUGAGUCCAUUUCAUGUAACUUCUCUAUGCAAAGAAAGACUAGCCAAAUCUGGAUUUUUGGAAUUGAAUGAAACAGAAAAUUGGAAAUUGGAAAAGGGUGGUAAGUAUUUCUUCACAAGAAAUCUCACCACUAUUGUAGCCUUCACAGUUGGUCAAUAAUUUGACCCAAAUAAUACAGGAUUUAAAAUAAUUGGUGCUCACACCGAUAGUCCUUGCUUAAGAUUGGCUCCAGUCUCUAAAUUAGAUUCAAAUGGAUUUUUAUAGACAUGCGUUUCUACUUAUGGUGGGGGUUUGUGGCAUACUUGGUUUGACAGGGAAUUGACUUUGGGAGGACGAAUUAUUUUUAAAAAAGAGAAUGUCUUUUAGAGUUAGUUAUUCCAUUAUCAAUAACCAUUAUUAAAGAUUCCUAAUUUGGCAAUUCAUUUAACUACAGAUAGAAAUAGCUUUGCUCCAAAUAACGAAUCAAAUUUAAGGCCUGUUUUUGCCUAGGAAGCCUAUUAAACUUUAACUGUAAUUCAAAAGCCAAAAACUGAGGGACAAACAAAUUUCGAAAAUAAGCACUAUAAGUAUUUGCUGAAUUUGAUCACUGAAUAGACAGGCAUUCCAACAUCUGAGAUCUUAGAUAUUGACUUAUACUUCUCAGAUUGUUAACCACCUUCCUAUUUUGGUUUGAAUCAAGAGUUCAUCUCCGCUGCAAGAAUUGAUAAUUUAUUUUCAAGCUUCUUUGCCCUUUUGGCAAUUACAAAUCCAGAGAGUUUCACAGAGGACCAAACAUUUAUUAAUAUGAUUUGUCUCUAUGAUCACGAAGAAGUUGGGUCUUAAAGUGCUCAAGGAGCUGACUCUUCUUUAUUGUCUAAUAAUAUGAAGAGAAUUUAUGAUAUUCUAUCCAAUCCUACCAAUACGUCUACUGAUAGUUUUUAUAAAGCAAUUCAAAAAAGUUUCUUAAUCUCAUCAGAUAUGGCUCAUUCUAUCCAUCCAAAUUAUUCAGACAAGCAUCAAUAAAACCAUAGAGUGAAGAUGAAUGAAGGAAUUGUUAUCAAAGUCAAUCAUAAUUAACGAUAUGCAACUGAUGGUGUUUCGUCAGCUAUUUUAAGAGUUGUAGCUUAAUCUGCCAAUGUGCCAAUUCAAGAUUUCAUUGUGAAGAAUGAUUCACCUUGUGGGUCAACAAUAGGACCUUUAUAAGCUUCAAAUACAGGAAUCAAAACUAUUGAUAUUGGAGCUGCAUAAUGGGGCAUGCACUCUAUCAGAGAAACUGCUGGCGUCGUCGAUGGAUACUAUCUGGAAAAGCUUUUCGUUGAAUUUUACAAACAAUAUGAAAAGAUAGAUCAUAAGCUGCUUGGUAUUUGA